CCCGCCUCCACCAUCGGAAUCUGCCCCGCCAGAUUCGCACGUACACACACAUACGCACGCGCGGCGCGCAUACACACAAAGCAACCAGUCGCAAAAGAUAAGGUCUCUCUGGAAAAAGUGAGGCAAAAGUCGCAAUCGUGGCGAUCAUCACCGACACCACCACUCCCACCACUGCCGCCAAUAUGUCGGACGGGAAACGCGCCGUAGACUCGGACAAGGGUUUGUAAUACCCUUUUCUUUUUUGCGCCCUUCCACCUCGCAUGUCGCAACGCAAGGAAACAUGAGACUGAAGCAUUGUUUCCUCCGCCAUCUCACUUGCUUUCUCAAAGGCCAAUGCUGCCAAUGAUGUCGCAUUUCUGGACAACCCUCAUCACCAACCUCGACUACCUCUCAGGCCUCCUCACCCUCAACCACUCCCUCAUCAAGUCCGGCUCUGCCUACCCCCUCGUCGCCCUCUACACAGACACCUUCCCCGCCGAGGGCCUCGCCGCCCUCGAGCGCCGCGGCAUCCCCGCCCAGCGCAUCGAGUACCUCCUCCCGACAAAGGGCCGCGACUACUCCAACGACCCGCGCUUCUACGACUGCUGGAGCAAGCUCUCCCCCUUCUCCCUGACGCAGUACGCCCGCGUCGUCCAGCUCGACUCGGACAUGCUCGUCCUGCGCAACAUGGACGAGCUCAUGGAGCUCGAGCUCGACGACGGCGACUUCGCCGCCGAGCAGACCCCCGGCGCCGCCAUCGGCGGUGGCAGCCCCCCAAAGAGCCCGACCCUCGACGACCUGGCCGUCAAGAACCCGAGCACCCGCGUCUUCGCCGCCGGCCACGCCUGCGUGUGCAACCCGCUCAAGAAGCCUCACUACCCCUCCGACUGGACGCCCGAGAACUGCGCCUUCAGCACGCAGCACGCCGACCCGGACACGGCGCAGCACACAGGCCCGGACCCCGUCACGGCCUCGCCCCUGGGCUUCAUGAACGGCGGCCUGCAGGUCGUGAACCCGUCCGAGGCGCUGUUCCGGCAGAUUGUGAAGCACAUGGAGCAGGGCGCCAUGGACAUGGACUUUGCGGACCAGAGCCUGCUGUCGGAUCUGUACCGGGGCCGGUGGGUGGCGCUGCCGUACGUGUACAACGCGCUCAAGACGCUGCGGUGGGAGGGCGUGCACGGGGAGAUUUGGCGGGACGAGGAGGUGAAGAACGUGCAUUACAUCUUGGCGCCCAAGCCGUGGGACGAGAUUGAUGCCGUUACGGGGGAGUGGACGGGGACCGAGGAGAGUCACCGGUGGUGGGUUGACUACAACCGGGAGCGGAAGGCCAUUGAGGUGGCGCAGGGGGUCGAUGAUAAGUUUUGAUCGGUGAGCAAAGAAGUGAUGGGGGAGUUAAUGAGGGGAGACGUCUGCUGCCUCGAUGGCUUUUAUUGGUUUUGAUUUUUUGCUGUUCAGAUUUUUGAGAUAUUGGGAUAACCGGCCAUGAGUAAUGGGGCUCAUUAGAUACAUGUCUACGUCGACAAUAGGCUUUGAAAAAAAAAUAUAAUACCCGGGGUAUGAUCGCAUACUGAGAUGCAUAUUGACCUGAUCUGCCUAUCAACGAGACUCUGCCGUGUUCUGGCUG